AUGCUGGCGCGCAAUUCUCGCGGCCUGUCGCGCUCGGCGCAAAUGCUGCGGACACACGCACGCGGCAUCGCCGUCGGCGAUAAGUUUCCCAACGUUGAGGUGGACGCUGCGUCGUGGCCGCCGACUGCGUUGAACCUGAACGACCGCAUCAAGGACAAGAAGGUGCCUGGUUACAAGGACCACCGCAACGACGUCCGCGACGCCGGGAUCGACGAGGUCCUUGUCUACUGCGUCAACGACGCCGCCGUGAUGGAGGCGUGGGCGAAGAACCAGCGCAUCGCGGGCACAAACAUCACCUUCCUCGCCGACCCGAGCAUGGUCCUCACCGAGGCGCUCGACAUGGGCGUGGUGAAGCACGUGGCCGAGAGCGGCACGCCCGAAGACGCCGCUGCCGACGCGCCCGGCGCCAAUGCAAACAGCGCUGUCAAGGGGAUGCUCGAGGCGAUCGCCAAGCUAUGA